AUGGAGCGCGUGUUGAGGAGGUUAGCAAAGCUGUCCAUCCUCACGGGAUCGGUCGCCAUCGUGCCCAGCACGUGUCUGGUCGACGUGGACGGCGGCCAGCGCGCCGUGAUGUUCAACCGCUUUGCAGGCGGUGUGAGCAACAAUACCCUCGGGGAAGGCAGCCACUUCUACCUGCCGUGGUUCCAGAUGCCGCACAUCUACGACAUCAGGACCAAGCCGAAGGUCAUCAACACGACCACCGGCACCAGGGACCUGCAAAUGGUCUCCAUCAGCCUCAGGCUGCUGUACAGGCCCAUAACGGAUAACCUGCCCAGGAUUCACCAGAAGCUGGGCCCCGAUUACGACGAGCGCGUACUGCCCUCGAUCAGCAACGAGGUGCUGAAGGCCGUUGUAGCGAGGUACAACGCCGAGUCACUGCUGACGCAGAGGGACCAGGUGUCGUCCGACAUACGUAUGGCGAUAACUGCUCGUGCAAAGCAGUUCGACAUCAAGCUCGACGACGUCGCCAUCACCCACCUUAGCUACGGCAAGGACUUCAGCAAGGCCAUCGAGCAGAAGCAGGUGGCUCAGCAGGAGUCUGAGCGCGUCAAGUUCAUCGUACAAAAGAGCGAGCAGGAGAAGCUCGCUGCCAUCGUGAAGGCCGAAGGCGAGGCCGAGGCAGCCAACCUCAUCUCCCGCGCAAUCCAAACACACGGCACGGGUAUGCUGGAGAUCAGGAAGCUGGAGGCUGCCAAGGAGAUCGCAGAGACGCUGGCUACUUCGAAGAACAUUGCUUACGUUCCUAACGCGACCAAUCUUCUUUUGAACGCCACUAACCUCUGA